AGCACAUCGACAACCACCCCAUCGACCUCCGCUCACCGGGACUUUCACAAUGAAGUUCAUGAAAGUGGGCCGUGUGGCCAUCAUCACCCGUGGCCGUUACGCCGGUAAGAAGGUCGUCAUUGUCCAGCCUAACGACACUGGCUCCAAGGCGCACCCCUUCCCUUACGCCAUCGUCGCCGGUAUCGAGCGCUACCCCCUCAAGGUCACCCGUCGCAUGGGUAAGAAGACCGUCGAGAAGCGCAGCCGCAUCAAGCCCUUCAUCAAGGUCGUCAACUACAACCACUUGAUGCCCACUCGCUACACUCUCGAGCUCGAGGGUCUUAAGGGUGCCGUCUCCACCGAGACCUUCAAGGAGGUUUCCACCCGCGAGGACGCCAAGAAGAACGUCAAGAAGGCCCUUGAGGACCGCUACACCAGCGGCAAGAACCGUUGGUUCUUCACUCCUCUGCGUUUCUAAACGGGGUAAUUUGGGGCGUUUUGUCGUUUGAGCGCGCAGGGUCUUAGAUGAGGCAAAGGGAAAAUGAAAAAGCAUCGAAGACGUCCGGUUCAAAAGCAUGGGAUCACGUGAAGUAUACCAUAGCACGAGAGAAGAAUGGGAAUGUAUCGAUGUACAGGUCCAGGACUUGACCAAUUUUUCUUAUCAUGAGGGAG